AUGGCACAUCUAGGCGUCUUUCAAAAAGUUUUCCUGUUCACCCUUGGUGCGGCUUUUGUGGUGGCAGACACCGAUUACUGCUCAUCGAGUCUCUGCGGCAGCUCCCAGCAUAUAGCAUGUGAAAACUCAGGCGACUGGUCAUCGGCCUGUCCCACGAGUCCGGCCCCCAUAGCAGUUGACAUCACCCCACAACUCAAGAAUCAAAUUUUCAGAGGUCACAAUUUCAGACGACAAAGAUUGGCUUCAGGCAAUCUGCCCGGUUUUGAACCAGCCGCUCGCAUGGCCUCUGUCAGAUGGAGCGAAGAACUUGCUCAGCUGGCGGCCCUCAAUGUCAAGCAGUGCGAGAUGCAACAUGAUGCAUGCCACAAUACGGACCAAUUCAAGGCUAGUGGGCAGAAUCUGGCAAUGAUCGGCUAUGGCGGUGACCAAUCUAGCAAAACGGAUAAGGAGUUGGUCACUCAGUCCCUCACCAUGUGGUGGAGUGAGCACAAGGAUACAACAAUGGCACAAAUUAACGAAUAUCCCAGUAACUACAACGGACCACCAAUUGGCCAUUUCACGGCAAUGGCUCAGGAGAAGAACACACAUGUGGGGUGUGCCGCGGCGCGUUAUAUCCAGAAUAAUAUGAACUAUUGGCUGUUUGCAUGCAAUUACGCCACUACGAACUUUAUAGGCCAACCUGUCUAUACGGCAGGACCCAGCGCAUCCGAAUGCACGAAAGGCACGCACAAGAAUUUCGAUGCCCUCUGCAAAGUCAGUGAGGUCUAUGACCGGUAAAUCUUUACGAAGUAUUUUGUUUUUAAAAAGCAUUUAGA